UACUAAAUGCUGCCCUUUGGAAGGACUCCUUUCACUCUGGAGACAACUUCAGUGUGGAAGAGGCAGAGAACGCAGCACAUUCAUUCGGGAAAGGAUAAAGAGCUCCUUUCUGUGUGCCGUUGCGUAAGCCGUCUGUGGCUCUUUCAGACCCGGCCCUGAAAUUUCAGAAGGACCAUGGCGAAGAAGAGAGUGGCCAUUAUAGGAGGCGGCUCCAGCGGACUUUGCAGCGUCAAAUGCUGCUUGGAUGAAGGCCUGGAGCCUGUCUGCUUUGAGAGCAGCGAUGAUAUCGGGGGACUCUGGCGGUUCAAGGAGAAUCCUGAAGAAGACAGAGCCAGCAUUUACAAAUCUGUGAUCAUCAACACCUCCAAAGAGAUGAUGUGCUUCAGUGACUACCCCAUCCCAGAUGACUACCCCAACUACAUGCCCAACUCCAAGAUCAUGGAAUACUUCCGGCAGUACGCCAAGCAUUUUGACCUUCUGAAGUACGUCCGCUUCAGGACUAAAGUCUGCAGUGCGACAAGGCGCCCAGAUUUUGCUAGCACCGGCCAGUGGGAUGUUGUCGUAGAGACUGAUGGAAAACAGGAGUCAUCGAUUUUUGAUGCAGUCAUGGUUUGCACUGGCCACCACACCACUGCACACAUGCCACUGGACACUUUUCCAGGGAUAGAAAAAUUCCAAGGACGCUACUUCCACAGCCGUGAUUACAAGGACCCUAACGAGUUCACAGGAAAGAGAGUCAUCGUGAUCGGCAUCGGGAACUCAGGCGGGGACCUUGCUGUGGAGAUCAGCCACACGGCAGAACAGGUCUUCCUCAGCACUCGCCGAGGGGCGUGGAUCUUGAAUCGUGUCGGUGACAAAGGCUACCCAGGAGAUGUGGUGUUUUCCACCCGUUUCAAUCUGUUGUUGAAGCAGUUUUUGCUCCCGUACAUCGUAAACAACUGGGUGGAAAACAGGCUGAAUGAAAGAUUUAACCAUUCUCACUAUGGCCUGAAGCCUCAACACAGAUUCCUCAGCCAGCAUCCAACUAUCAAUGAUGAGCUGCCAAACCGAAUCAUUUCCGGGAAAGUUCAAGUGAAACCGAACAUCAAAGAAUUAACCGAAAGGGCUGCCAUCUUUGAAGACGGCUCAAAGGAAGAAGAUAUAGAUUUUAUCGUGUUUGCCACGGGAUACAGUUUCUCUUUCCCCUUCCUUGGGAAUGCCCUCCCAGUAACUAAUAACCAGGUCACCUUGUAUAAAUUCGUCUUCCCACCUCACUUGGAGAAGCCGACCCUGGCUAUCAUUGGCCUCGUCCAGCCUCUGGGGGCCAUCAUGCCCAUUUCAGAAAUGCAGGCCCGCUGGGCAUCUCGCGUGUUUAAGGGGCUUGAAACGCUACCUUCAGAAAGCGAAAUGUUAUCAGAUAUCACGGCAAAGAAAACAGCCAUGGAAAAACGGUACGUGAGGAGCCCUCGCCACACCAUCCAAGUGGAUUACAUCGAGUACAUGGACGAGCUGGCCUCUCAGAUCGGGGUGAAGCCCAGCAUCGGGUCGCUGUCCCUCACCAAUCCCAAGCUGGCCUGGGAGGUUCUCAUGGGGCCCUGCACACCCUUUCAGUACCGCUUGCAAGGGCCGGGCAAAUGGUCCGGAGCCAGAAAAGCUAUCCUGACCCAGCAAGACCGGAUCAUCAAGCCCCUGAGGACAAGGCCGACUGACAACUCUGCCGGAGGUGGAUUGCUGUCCUUGGUGUUCAAGAUGGCUGGCUUGGCCGUGGCUGUCUUCGCCGUCGUCUGCACAUUCUUUUAGGCGCCAAAGAGCCCCCUUCGUUAAAGACUAGGGUUGCCAACCCCCAGGUGGUAGCUGGAGA